GUCUGGACUAGCAGGAUGAGAAGUUUCGAAUGCAGCACAAGUGCCUAUCAAAAUAUAGAAGGAAUAUGCGAAUAUUCAGCCAUAAAUCAAGAAAUCACAAUGGACAAGAGAAGGAAGAAGAAGUUCCACAAGAACAAGGAAGAGAAGGAUGAAAAGAGUAUGACGAGAGUUUUAAGGGAAGAAUCAGAGAUCAAUGAGCUUGAGCAAAAGAAAUUAGAAAUGGCAAAUGUCAACCCAGAUGAAAUUGACAGUUUUGCCAAGUUUCCCCUGAGUAAAUACACCCUCCUAGGCCUCAAGCAUAACGGUUUCACAGUACCAACGAAGGUUCAGCGACAGACUCUAGUGUAUUCUUUACGUGGCAUGGAUGUGGUGGGAGCAGCCAAGACAGGGUCAGGAAAAACAUUAGCUUUUAUAAUACCUCUUUUGGAAAAUUUAUAUGUAAAGAAAUGGUCAAGUGUGGAUGGGUUGGGAGCACUAAUCAUCACCCCAACACGAGAGUUGGCCUAUCAGAUAUUUGAAGUCCUAAAAAAUGUUGGAAAGAGUCAUGACUUCUCGGCUGGUCUUAUUAUAGGUGGAAAGGACCUCAAGUAUGAGUGGAACCUGAUCAGUGGAUGCAACAUUCUGAUUUGCACACCAGGUCGCCUCCUCCACCACAUGUUAGAAAACCCAGAUUUCAGCUGUGAAUAUGUUCAGAUGCUUGUCCUAGAUGAAGCAGAUCAGUGCUUGUCCAUGGGAUUUGCAGAGACAAUGAAUUGUAUUCUUGAAGAGUUGCCGGAAGAUAGACAGACUAUGCUCUUUUCUGCAACACAAACCAGGGACGUCAAGGAUCUGAUUCGGGCAGGAUGCAAAAAUCCAGUGUUUUGUUCUGUUCAUGAAUUUUCUAAAACCGCAACACCAAGGGGCCUUGUAGAAAGUUAUAUUGUUUGUAAAUGUGAAGAAAAAUUUACAUUCCUAUGGUCAUUUAUCAGACAUCAUAGGAAAAAUAAAAUUCUUGUUUUUAUGUCAACAUGUAAACAGGCAAAAUACAUGUUUGAUAUAUAUUGUAAACUUAAUGCAGGAGUGCCUGUUUUGUGCCUACAUGGAGGUAUGAACCAAUUAAGAAGGCUGGCUGUAUAUGACAUUUUCUGUCAGAAAGAAAAUGUUGUUCUCUUUGCAACAGAUCUUGCAUCCAGAGGAUUAGAUAUACCAGCAGUGGAUUGGGUAGUACAAAUAGACUGUCCUGAAGACGUCACAACAUAUAUCCACCGUGUUGGAAGAACGGCUCGAUAUGCUAACUCAGGAGAAGCUGUUUUAGUCCUCACACCUCAUGAAGAAGAACCAAUGCUUGCCAAUUUAAAAGCAAAAAAUAUUGAAGUUGAUAGAAUUGAGGUGGACACAUCCAAGAUGAGCAGCAUCCACACCAAGAUGGAAAUCAUCUUAAGCAAGAACAAUGAGCUGAAGGAGGAAUCCGUUCGGGCGUUUAAGGCAUACGUGAAAAGUGUUACUCUUAUGAAGGACAAGAAGGUGUUUAAUGUCGACUCAAUAGAUAUCGACGCUUAUGCUAGGUCACUAGGUUUGGCUGUUACACCUAGACUAAGAUUUCUUCAGAAUCAAAAGAAGCAGAGACCAAAACAGACUGAAGAUACACACAACUGGAAUUGCUCAGCAGACGAGAAGCCCUGGAAAUCCAAAUUUACGACCUUGGACUUUGGAACAGAAGAUAUUGAUGAGGAGGACUUCUUAACAAGCACCAAGAAAGAACAAGCUGAAAUUAUACAGGAGGAGGAGGAGUCCUCAGAAUCAGCAUCAUUCCCUGAAGAUCUUGUUGUCAGUUCCAAGAAAAAGCCCCUGACCAAACAAGCUGUCGUCAAGAAGCUAAUGAAGAAGAACAUUGUCCUCAACACCAAGAUUGUAUUCAAUGAAGAGGGCGUGGAGGUGAAAAACCCCGAGAAACAGCAGACAUCAGAGGUUGCGCAACAGCUGGAGGAUCAAAAAAGUGGAAUCAAUAUUACACAACUGCAAGAGAUCAUGAAGCAAGAAGAUGUCAUUGACAGAAAACUAGAAGCAAGCAAAAAGAGGGAACAGAAAGAAAUUAAAAAAAGAAAAGAGAUGGCCAAGAAGGCUGAAGAAAAAAUUGAAGUUGAAGACAUGGUGGAGGAAGGAGACGAAGAAAGUGAUGUUGAUGAAAGGACUCAGAAUAUCAUUGACUCCCUCCCUGACCCUGACAAGAUCUAUGGGCGUAAAAAGAGAGACUCGGAUUCAGAUUCAGAUGAUGAGGUUUCUAAUAAGAGCAGUGAUGAAAGUGAUGAUGGGAGAGGUGCUGCUGAAAGUAGUGAAGAUGAUAGCAGUAGUGAAGAAAGUGAACCAGAAAAGAAAGUCAAAAUAAGUGGCAAAAGAAAAGCUCGCAUGAAGCUCAAAGAAGCAAAGAGAGCAAAAUUAGUUCAGAGUAACACCCUGACAAGUCUUCCAGUUGAAGAAAAGGAGCAGUUAGCAUUAUUCUUGCUAAGAGGAGGAAGGAAAUGAAAAAUGUAAAUAUAACUAUACAAAUAUAUAUAGUAUGGAAAUGAUUGUUUCAUUUAUAUAUUUAUUUGGUAAAUAGCUUCCAGAGGGUAGUAAAUAUUCAUGUCUCUAUUUUUGCAUCAUAAUCUUUAUUUGUCAUAGAAAGACAGCCUGUACAUCAAGCUGGCAAAAUGAUAACAAUAUAUCCCAUAUGUACAAUAAUGUUAUAUGUGAGUUUUUAUUAUGGUAAUAUCAGUAAUCUGGUACAUUGCAAAAGGUCAAGCCAGUCCAACAAUUUGCCUAUGAAGCAUCAAACAUCUGACAGAAUCAGUGUGCUGACUAGAGGUCAAUUUCCACAAUGAAGUAUACAGUUUAAAUUAAACUAAACUGUAUCUUGCUAUCUGCAUUAACUGUUGUGCACACAUUACACUGAAUAAAAUUAUAAAUUAUAUUUCUGGAUAUCCUUUGAAAUCCUGAUAUCUUUAGACUAGCAGUUGCUAUGCUAAAAUGCCUGGAGACAUAGAUGCCUCAGUCUGGGACAAGUUCAAUUACUUAUUUAAGUGUGGGAUUAGGUAUAUAUUACACAGAUUAUUAUUUUAACAUGACUUAUAUACAAUGUAUUUUACACAGGGUUAUAUACGUGUGACUACAUCUGACUAAAUGGCACUGUAUAAUUUGUUUAGUUUCUUAUAACAGCUACUAAAUUACAUAAGUACCAAUGCCUCUGUACACAUACAUAGUAUGAGGUACGCAGGACAAGUUACAGAAUAGAUGGUCUGGGCUUCUUCAUCCUCACUGAUCCAUUUGGAAUGCAUGUGUGUACACUUGAAAGACUAGAAUAUGGCUAGA